CAUAUGAUACAACCCCUUAGGCAAUGUGAAGAAUAUGAUAUUCUUUUAGCUACUCCCACCAACUAUGCAUUAAACAAAAGCAAAAUGACAAAUUGUUUAAUUUUAGUUUUCUCUUACAAGGAACAUUGAGUUAACAGCAAACAUAAUUCAUUUAGGUAGAAUAUUUAAAGAUCUGUUUCUUAGUUGUUAGAUCAUAUCAUAUCACACAAUUCAAUUCUGUUGUAGAUCAUAUGGCAGAUGCUGUUGUUUCGUUUGUGAUUGAAAGGCUUGGAGACUUGGUGAUUUCUGAAGCUCAAUUCUUGGGUGGAGUUGAAGCCCAAGUUGGGAAUGCACAGAUCAAGCUUCAAUGUAUGAGUGCUUUCUUAAAAGAUGCAGAUGCUUGGGUUCGUAAUGGUGAUGAGAGAGUUCGCCUUUUGGUUGUCCAAGUCAGAGAAAAUGCUUAUGCCUUGGAGGAUGUUAUUGAGACUUAUGUCUUCAAAGUGGCUUCUAGUCAUGGAUCUAUCAAACGUGCAUUAAAAUGGUGUAUUUGCAUCUUCAGAGAAGGAAUUGAUGUCCACAAAGUUGGAACAGAGAUUGAGAGGAUCUCAUCCAACAUUAUUAAUUGGACUUUAGAAUUAGAAGCACUUGGAGUACAGAGAUCAAUACACAAAGCAGAUGAAUCUUCUUCAAGCAGCUAUGUCCAACAGCAAAGAAAGUUGAGGCAAGCUUAUUCUUUUGUUGAAGACAAUGUUGUUGUCGGAUUUGAUAAAGAUAUCCAAGAGUUGGUUACGCUUUUGACUGAAAAAGAGAACCCUCAUAAGCAUAAGGUGAUCUCUGUAUGUGGGAUGGGUGGUUUGGGCAAAACUACUCUUGCAAGAAAGGUCUAUCAGCAUCCUCAUGUCAGGACUCACUUCGAUUGUUAUGCUUGGGCCUCAAUAUCUCAGCAGUGUAAUACACGCCAAGUCUUGGAAGGAAUUCACUUUUCUUUCACUUCUCCUACAUAUGCACAAAAAAAUCACAUAAAAAACUUAAGUGAUGUUGAAUUAGCAAGGGAGCUUUACAACUUUCAGAAACAGAAAAAAUGUUUGGUGGUUCUUGAUGAUAUAUGGACCACAACAACAUGGGAUCUUCUAAAACAUGCAUUCCCUACUACUACUCAAGGAGACACAUUGCAUAGCAAGAUCUUACUCACUACUCGGAACAAGGAUGUAGCUUUGCAUGCCGAUCGACAUGGUUUCAUCCAUGAACCUCAUUUGCUCAAUAAAGACGAGAGUUUGGAGCUGUUUCAUGAAAAGUACUUCUGUGUUGGAGCAGAUCCAUCAAACUCAGAUUAUGAUGAAGAAAGGAAGAAAGAGGUAGCGGUAGAGAUGCUUAGAAAGUGCUCUGGUCUGCCAUUAGCCAUCAUUGUGCUUGCUGGGCUUCUAUCUAAUUCGCUGCAUUGGGAGCAACUGAAAGCAAAUGUAAUUCACUGCAUUGGUCAAGGUGAUCAAAAACAUGAUGACGACUCAAAAUACAGUAGUGUUCGGGGGGUGUUAGGUUUAAGUUACAGCGAGUUACCAUCUCAUUUGAAGCCUUGUUUUCUGUACUUGGCUCGUUAUGCUGAAGAUGUCCCAAUAAGAGUAAAAGAGUUAUGUCGUAUACUUAUAGCAGAAGGUUUAAUAUCGCGAAGAAUAGGUUCUGUGGGAACUUGGGAGGAUGUGGCAUAUGAUUGGUUGUGUGAGUUGGUGGAGAGGAGUAUGAUUCAGGUCAAAGAAAUGAGUUCAACAGGAAGAAGGAUAAAAUCACUUUGCAUUCAUGAUCUCAUGCGAGAUGUGUGCCUGUCUAAAGCUCAAGAAGAAAACUUCCUACAUUUUAUAGAUUGGCGAAAUAGAAGGGGAGAGCCAAUAGAAACAAAGGUACGAAGAGUUUCCAUCUAUGGUAGUGAAAGUAAUAAUUGUAGUGAUUUUAUUCAUAUGGUUGGAAAUAUAGAUGGCUCUCUCAGGUGCCUUGCCGUAGAUGGUGGAGGAAUUCAGUAUAAUUAUAAAAGAGUAUUGAGACAUGUAUGCAAUCACUUUUCGAAGCUUAGAGUUUUGAUUAUUGUUCAUGAGCGUGUGGAUCCAAGUUCUACUUUGCAAUUGCCUAAAGAAAUUGGGAAUCUGAUCCAUCUAAGGCUAUUAAGUAUUCUUAGUUGCGAGAUUGAAAAGAUUCCAUCUUCUUUUGGGAAUUUAAGAUGCCUGCAGACUUUGAGAGUAAGGACCCAGAGUGAUGUCAUAAUACCAAGUUCAAUGUGCAAGUUGGAGCAACUGAGGCAUCUAUAUUUUAUCCCUCUAUUUGAUGUUGGCAUGAAAUUUGGUAAUUUCGUGAGGUCAACUAAGUCUAGAAAUUUACAAACAUUGGUAGGUAUUCGUACCAAGGAUCUUCUAUUGAGUGAUCUUCUACACUUGGAGAAUCUGAAGAAAUUAAAAAUUUGUGUGAAUGGAAAUUUUGACACAUUCUUACACAAUCCCCAAACUCUCACAUUCACUCGUCUAUUUUCGUUACAAGUGACAAAUUGUAAUACUAGCAACAAGAUAGAUAUUGUUCCUUUGAUAUUAAGCUGUCCUCACAUUUAUAAGCUUGUAGUGUUUUCGUAUAUAGUAAGGUUACCAGAGGUCAACCAAUUCUCCCCAAAUCUUAUGAAGUUAAAGUUGAGUUCUCUCAGACUUGAGGAUGAUCCAAUGCCAACAUUAGAAAAGCUACCAAAAUUAAGAGUCCUUAUAAUUGACUAUGAUAGCUUUAUAGGGGAUGAGAUGGUGUGCUCAAGAGGAGGUUUCCCCCGACUUGAAUCUCUUAGGCUUGAGCUUCUAAUUGGCUUAAAAGAGUGGAAAGUAGAGGAGAGUGCAUUCCCUAGACUUGGCUAUUUGAGCAUUCGCGCGUGCAUGAGAUUGAGGAGAGUUCCAGAUGGAGUAAGAAACAUUGUUACACUCAACGAGAUAAAGAUAUCUUUAAUGCCUAAGAAAUUCAAAGAAAGAAUGGAGCAAGGAGGAGACGAUUUCCACAAAGUCAACCACGUACCAUCACGUGUAUUCAUCAAUUGUGAUGAAGAUUCAGAUUGAGAGGAUGAGUAAGCUAUAUAUGAAGGAAUUAAAGUGGGAGAAUAUCAUAUUAACAUUUGGAGGAUGUGUUUGCCACUGCCAAUCACCAGUGUCUGUUUAUUCAAUAAUUAAUAUUUGGAAUCAUGAUGUUUUCUGUAAAUUGACAAGAGCUCAUGUGCAAAAUGUUUCAGCUCACUCUUAAAGAUGUUUCCUGGAUAUCUUUUGUUUUUGUGUACUUCUGUUGAUGUUUUGUAAUUGUUUUUGUAAGCUAUGUCAUAUUUUUGUAAGCUAGCUAGCUAGCUUCGUCAAUUUCUAAA